GAAUUGCAUGUUUGGCUGUUUUCGGUCUAUUGAAAGUAGCUCUAUGAUGCAGCUACUUACAAGCUUGCUUGUGAAUAUGGUUUGUGCUAGGCCAUCGAUCGGCCAUGGUGUGAUGUCUUUAGUCGUUCAUGACCCGGACAUUGUUGGUGAUGUCGAUCCCGAAGGCGAAGCAAGAGACAAAUUCCACAUCGAAGAAAUGCUGAAUGAGUUGACCGACGAGCCACCGUUUUGGCAUGAUGCGCAUGGUGAUGGGUAUCUGUACCAGAAGCAAACAUUUUUUAGUGGAGUUACAUUCAAAGAAGCUGUCGUCGAUUAUGCUUUAAGAACCGGAUGCAAUCUGAAACAGUACAUGUAUGAUCAAGAUAAAAUUUGCUUUAAAUGUGUUGGUAAUGAUGGUAAGGAAGAGGGAGUAAGGUGUGAAUGGCAAGUGUAUGCCGCAACUCUUCCAAAUGAUCCAAUGUGGAAGAUUAGGAAGUUCAUAGAUAAGCAUAAUUGCAUCCCAAAUGGAGAGUGUGAGAUGUUUAAAGUGCCGCAUAUAGCUAGGUUGUUUGUAGAUAAGAUCAGAGAGAAUCCGAAGUUCUACAUGCCAGCUAAGAUUGAAGAACUCAUCAAAGAACAAUGGAAGAUCAGUGUGACAAGGAAUCAAUUUGCAAGAUUAAGAGACUAUGCGGCUGAGAUUCUUGAUGCAAAUCCUGAUUCACAUGUAGAAGUUGAUUUUCUGACGAAUAAGGAAGGUAAAGACAUGUUCAACAGGUUCUGUGUCUGUUUUGACAACCUUAGAAAGACCUGGAUGGAGAGCUGUAGGCCUCUUCUUGGAAUUGAUGGAUGUUUUUUGAAAAAUACGGUCAAGGGUCAGUUGUUGGUAGCAUUAGGCAGGGAUGCUAAUAACAAGAUAUAUCCUGUAGCUUGGGGAGUGGUUAAGGUAGAGAAUACAGAGAAUUGGGUUUGGUUUGUGAAGAAUUUGAAGGAAGACUUAGGAUUAGGUGAUGGUGAAGGUUACAUCAUGCUCUCGGAUAGAGCAUCGGAUGUGUGUCCAACACAUAUAUGGGAACUUGAAGAAGAAUCAUUGAAGCAAAACAAGGAUGAAGCCACUCUGGCAUGGGCAUAUAAUGAGAAAGAUUAUAAGCAGAAUCUGGAGAAGAUAUUCUACUAUGACACAGUGGCAAGAGAGAAGCCAUUUCUGGCUAUGUUAGAAACUAUAAAACGACUUGCUAUGGUGAGGAUUGCCAAAAGGUCUGUGGAAUCUCACACUCACACAUGGAGCUGCACUCCUUAUGUUGCAUUGGUUCUCUCUGGUGAGCACAAGGUAGCUUCUCUGGCAAAGGUGUCUACAAGCACCAAUGAAAUGUAUGAAGUCAGACAUGGCUUAGAUUCUCACCGUGUAUGCUUGAAGAGCUACACAUGUACAUGCCAUAAGUGGCAGAUCCGUGGCAUUCCGUGUGAGCAUGCAUAUGGAGUCAUUUUGGACAAGAAGCUUUCACCAGAAGACUAUCCUGAGACUCAUACUCCUGCUGUGUUUAUACCAGAGCCACCAGAAGGAGAGAAGAAGAUAACAAAGGAGGAUAGUAGAGGAAGAAGGGUGUUAAUGAGUCUCCAACUAAGAAGGCACCAAAGAACAAGAAACGGAUCAUGCAUUGUGGCAUUUGUGGGACAGCUGAUCACAAUUCAAGGAAACAUCACAAGAAAGCUAAGCCUUCUCAACCUGAACCAAGUCAAGGCUCACUCACUCAAGCUUGAUCUAGACAAAGCAUCUUCGACCUUCUCAAAGAUAUUCUUCUCUAUCUUCAUUUGAACUUUCUCGCAAAUCACCUUUUCAUACUCCAAGCUCUCUGUUCUAAGCUCUUUCAGCUGCUGCUCUAAUUGACCAUUAUUUGCUCUCAAUGUCUCUAUCUCAUUGAGCAAAGCUUCAUCAAUCCAUUUGAAAGUGUGUUCAUCAUUCCUAAGCUACAAAUGAAUAGUCAUUCAUCUC